GGGAGUAUGAGUGUAAAUUCGAAAAUAUAGCAAACCUCACCAAGCCCAUGCGGCUGCAAACACAAGUCUAACUUGGCUUCCACCUUAUCUUUUCCUCUUCCACACAGUUUGGUAUCACAAAUUCCAUUAAUCCAACCUAAAAUUUCCUUACCAAUCAAUUCUCCAAAAUUCCUAUCCUCUCCUAAAACCCUAAUUCUCUAUCUCCGUCUCAUCUCUUACAACCGACCGCCUAUGGACGCCGAGCUUUCUGCCCCGGAGCUUAUCUCUCAGCCGCUGUCUACUUCCCCAGGUUCCACUUCGUCUUCUUCAUUUUUAGCUUCCAAUGAUGAUUCUAAGUUUGUAACUAGUUCAGUAAGAGAACAUGAUUUGAAAGCUAAUGAAAAUGGUAAAGCUAGUGAUAAUGAGAGUGGUGAGGAGAGGAUUGAAACAGCGCCCGAGAGGCCAUUUGUGGCUGACCUAGGUGAAGAAAUUUCGACUUUGGGGAAAGUUAGCGCUUUCCCUUCUGUCGGUUCUGAUGGUUCAACUUUGAUUUUGAAAGACGACUCACUUGGGGGUGGUUAUAAUGGUUUAGAGGGAUUUAGAGGUGAGGGUUCGAUGGAAAAGCUUGAUAAUGAAGGUGUUGGUUAUGGAGAAAAGGAGGAAAAGGUGGAAAUGGGCUCGAUUGGUGAUGCUGACCAAUCUGUGUUUGCAAUGGAAAGCAGAGAGGAAGGUAGGAUUGGGAUGGUUGAGAAUAAUUCGGUUUUAGGAGCUGGAACUAAACAUGCCAAUCCUAUGAUUGCAGAAGCUGUAGAUUGUAAGGUGGUUGAAGUAGAUGGUUUGAAAUUUUGCCGUGGAGAGGAAUUGUUGGUUGAUGCAACACCUUUAAUUGGAGAUUCUUCAGAUUGUAAGAAAUCUGAGAUUAAGGGGACGGAGGUGGUUCCAGUUUCUGUGAAUGCGAGCUUGGAUGUUGGCUUUAAUCAGAUUAGUCAUGUUGAAGAACAAAGUGUUCUGGAUGUCUAUCCCGUGUAUGAUAAAGGUAUUGACCCUGUUGCAUUAAAUGGAAUUGAAACUUCUGAGGUCUUGGCUUGUGAACGGACUUCUGAAAUUGUUGCUGAGAGGGAAGCUGAUUCUGCUAUUGGGGGUCUGCUUGGUAAAGAUGAGUUUGGGACCAAUCUAAAUGACCUUGAAGAGGAGGCAGGUAUAGAUGUGUUGGAAAAAGUGUCUGCUGAGAAAUUAGAUGGAGGGGGUAGAGAUGGAAUUCAGACAAUGGAUCGUUCUGCUCAACCAACUGAAAUGAUGGCUGCUCAUGAAACAGAGAAUUCAGAUAGUGAUUCUCGAAGCAGAAGAUUAGCAACUGUGGCGGUAGAAGAAUCUCAUUCGCCCAAGUCUGUGGAACAAACACUGGUUUCUGAAGAGCAAGUUAGUUUUGAAGGUGAAGAAGAAGAGAAGCGCCAUCAAAAUGAAGGUGUUCAAAUUGAAGGCUCGGAUACUGAUGGAGAGACUGAAGGUAUGAUCUUUGAGAAUGCUGAUGCUGCUAAAGAAUUUUUGGCGGAGCUAGAACUUGGAUCUGCCAUUGGUUCUCACUCAGGUGCUGAUACUUCUCAUGAUCAUUCUCAAAGAAUUGACGGUCAGAUUGUCAUUGAUUCAGAUGAAGAAGGGGACACUGAUGAAGAAGGGGAGGGGAAGGAGUUAUUUGAUUCUGCUGCUUUGGCAGCCCUCUUGAAAGCAGCAACCGGCACUAGCUCUGGUGGUGGUAACAUCACUAUAACCUCUCAAGAUGGGUCCAGGCUUUUCUCUGUUGAGCGACCUGCAGGUUUAGGAUCCUCACUCCCCAAUGCAAAAUCUGCACCUCGAUCAAACCGGCCUAACCUAUUCAGUCCUUCUGCUGUAACGAGUAGGAGAGACUCUGACAACAACUUGAGUGAAGAAGAUAAAAAAAAAAUUGAAGAGUUACAGCUGAUAAGAGUCAAAUUCUUGAGGCUUGUUCGGAGGCUCGGACACUCUCCAGAAGAUUCUAUAGCUUCACAGGUUCUAUAUAGACUAGCACUUGUUGCUGGGAGGCAAACCAGUCAACUGUUUAGCCUUGAUUCUGCAAAAGGGAAAGCUCUUGAACUUGAAACAGAGGGUAAAGAUGAUUUAAACUUCUCCUUGAACAUACUUGUUCUUGGGAAGAUUGGGGUGGGCAAGAGCGCUACAAUAAAUUCAAUUUUUGGUGAGGAGAAGACCUCAAUUCAUGCAUUUGAACCUGCCACUGUAGUUGUGAAAGAGAUUACUGGAACAGUAGAUGGCGUUGAACUCAGGGUCAUUGAUACCCCAGGCUUGAAAUCUUCAGCCAUGGAGCAAAGUGCCAAUCGUAAGGUCCUAGCUUCUAUUAAAAAAUUCAUAAAGAAGUGUCCCCCAGAUAUUGUACUCUAUGUUGAUCGGCUGGACACCCAGACCCGGGAUCUUAAUGAUCUGCCCUUGUUAAGAUCAAUCACUAAUUCUCUUGGCUCCUCUAUCUGGAAAAAUGCCAUAGUUACUUUGACUCAUGCUGCUUCUGCACCUCCAGAUGGACCAUCUGGCUCACCUUUGAGUUAUGAAGCGUUUGUUGCCCAACGUUCCCAUGUUGUUCAGCAGUCUAUUGGUCAAGCUGUUGGUGAUCUACGCCUGAUGAAUCCAAGUUUGAUGAAUCCUGUUUCUCUUGUUGAAAAUCAUCCUUCAUGCAGAAAGAAUAGAGAAGGCCACAAGGUGCUUCCUAAUGGUCAAACUUGGAGACCUCAGCUAUUGCUGUUAUGCUACUCUAUGAAAAUCUUAUCUGAAGCAAGUUCUCUCACCAAACCUCAAGAUCCAUUUGACCAUCGGAAGCUCUUUGGUUUUCGUGUCCGUUCUCCUCCUCUUCCAUACUUGUUAUCUUGGCUGUUGCAGUCUCGCAGCCAUCCUAAACUCUCUGCUGAUCAGGGUGGUGACAAUGGUGACUCUGAUAUUGAUAUGGCUGAUUUAUCCGAUUCUGAUCUAGAAGAAGAUGAGGAUGAGUAUGAGCAGCUCCCACCUUUCAAACCUCUAAGGAAAAGACAGCUUGCUAGACUUAGCAAGGAGCAAAGGAAGGCAUAUUUUGAGGAGUAUGAUUAUCGGGUGAAGGUCCUCCAGAAAAAGCAGUGGCGUGAGGAGUUGAGAAGAAUGAGGGAGAUAAAGAAGAAAGGAAAGCCUGCUGUUGAUGAAUAUGGUAACAUGGGGGAAGAUGUUGAUCAGGAAACUGGUGGUCCAGCUGCUGUACCUGUUCCAUUACCUGAUAUGGUCUUGCCACCUUCCUUUGAUGCUGAUAAUCCAGCUUACAGGUACCGGUUCUUGGAACCAACUUCUCAGUUCUUGGUGAGGCCAGUUUUGGACGCUCAUGGUUGGGACCAUGAUUGUGGGUAUGAUGGUGUUAAUGUUGAACAUAGCCUAGCAAUUGCCAGCCAGUUUCCUGCUGCAGUUUCUGUGCAACUCACGAAGGAUAAGAAAGAGUUUAACAUCCAUUUCGAUUCUUCAGUUUCUGCCAAGAAUGGAGAAAAUGGAUCACACAUGGCUGGCUUUGACAUCCAAAAUGUCGGAAAGCAAUUAGCUUAUAUUUUCAGAGGGGAAACCAAAUUCAAAAACCUCAAAAAGAACAAAACAGCUGCAGGCUUUUCUGUUACAUUUUUAGGUGAGAAUGUUGCAACCGGGUUCAAACUUGAGGAUCGUAUUGUUGUUGGAAAGCGGUUGACGUUGGUUGGUAGCACUGGGACCGUUAGAUCUCAAGGUGAUUCAGCAUAUGGAGCCAAUCUAGAAGUGCAGCUCAGAGAUGCAGAUUUUCCAAUCGGCCAGGAUCAAUCCUCUUUGGGUUUGUCUCUAGUUAAAUGGAGGGGGGACUUGGCAUUGGGUGCCAAUUUUCAGUCUCAAUUUUCUGUCGGACGGAGUUCAAAAAUAGCAGUUCGUGCUGGACUGAACAAUAAGAUGAGCGGACAGAUUACUGUUCGAACAAGUAGCUCAGAUCAGCUUCAGAUUGCACUCGCUGGUAUUCUUCCUAUUGUCAUGGCAUUUUAUAAAAGCAUCAGGCCUGGGGUUAGUGAUAACUAUUCUAUGUAUUAGGUGCUAAAACAAUUUCGCGCCCCCCAACCCCAAAGAGCUGCCACCACCUAGGGAAAUUGUUAUGCAUUGCUUAGUCUCCUCCCCUUUCCUUGAAUAAUGCUUAGAUUACUUUUAGCAUGGACUACUGCUUUGACGAGAUCCGUUUUAUUGCUUAAUAAAUGUUGUUAAGCAUGAGUAACUUAUUGUUUGUUUAGUGCAUUUCAAAAAUUUUUAAUAGGAUAAUUGAAUUAUAAAUUUAUUAAUUAACGAGGUAUUUGAAAUUUUGUUUGUUUCUCCAUGGUCAUUAUUUGAAAUUUAUUACGUUAUAAUUAUUGUAUUAAUUAACACAUUCAUGAUUCAUAUUGAACGUUUUAGUGUA